GGCUGAAGGUAGUUGCCGAAGUUGUCGGGGCAGGCGAGAGUCCACGGGAGCGAGCACUGCUGUGGAUUACACCGGCCGGGGAGGAACCGGAGGGACGGGAGCAAACUUGACAAGCGGACAACUAGUUUCGCAGCACUGUCGGUCGACCGGAGUUUAACGGCGAUUUCAACGUCACCCUAAGAGCACCGGAGAGCGUGUUUUCUGCCCUCCGAGGACCCGUAGAGGAGGUAGGUGAAGCUCCGCAAAUGAAGCCAUGGUAACGGAGUUUUUCCUCUUGUGGUGAAACUGCCUGGUAGACAGUCAGAGGCAUCAUGGCGGAACUGCCUAUUGCCCCGGGCCAGGUCUACAUCGAGGUGGAGUACGACUACGAGUACAAGUCCAAGGACCGCCUCAUUACCAUCCGGCAGGGGGAAUGCUACAUGCUGGUAAAGAAAACCAACGAGGACUGGUGGCAGGUGAGGAAAGAGGAAGGGACUAAAGCCUUUUAUGUACCUGCUCAGUAUGUCCGCGAAGUCCGCAAAGCCCUCAUGCCUCCUUCCAAACCCAUCCCACAUCCUCCUGCCAACACCGGCAACACGUCUCCACUUAGAGCAGGUUCACUUUGGGUAAAACCUUCGAAUCUGGAGCUGGGACUCCACGAUUUGCCCGCCGAGAACCUCCACAGACAUGAGUCCAGCUAUCGGCGCUCUCCUUCUGCACAAACGGCCUCUUCGGGCAACUUUAGUCCUCCCAUUCCACGCAGGGACAGUAACCACCACCACCACGCCCCCACCACUCCCACCGACCACGACAGAGCUCUGGCUGAAAUCCUCCUCCACGGCCCCCAGCCCUCUUCCAAAGGAGGGUCCAGCACUCUGCCCCGGACCCGAGCCAGAUCCCCAGACAUGGUCAGGGCCCCGCUGGACGUGGACAACACCCAACACUGUGACUCUGCGGGCGAAGAGAGGCGCACCAACGACUCCGAGUCUGGAGACGAACUGAGCAGCUCUUCCACAGAACAUCUCCAGACGGUAUCUUCAUCAGGCCAGGGCCGCUCUGAGUCGCCCGUCUACACCAACCUCCAAGAGCUGAAGAUCACUCAGACCAACCAGCCUCCUCUGCCCUCCGGCUCCCCCCUCAGUGUCUUCGGCGACUGGGAGACCUACAAGGACCAGAAUGGCAGACACUUCUACUACAACCGAUCCACCCAGGAGAGGACCUGGAAGCCGCCUCGAACCAGAGACACCAGCACCGGGAACUCAAGAGGAGACAGCCACAGCACUGGGGAGAGCUCUGAGACAACCCCUCUCUCGCUCUCCCCGUCUUUCCUUCCCUUCCUGUCGCUCUCCAUUGGUCGGCUGCAGCCUCUGUCGUCGGAAGACACCUGCUUCAGUACCUACUCGAGCCAGUCGGACAGCCAGUAUGGCUCACCGCCGCGUGGCUGGUCGGAGGAGAUGGAUGAGCACGGCCACACGCUGUACGUCAGCGACUAUACUAACGAGAAGUGGUUAAAACACGUUGAUGACCAGGGCAGACCUUAUUACUACAGUGCAGACGGCUCCAGGUCAGAAUGGGAGCUGCCAAAGUACAACCUCUCCCCUCCUCAGCCGACCGGAGACGCUCCAAAAAGUCGCAGUCUGGACAGGAAACAUGUGGAGCCCAUCGUCUUGACCAAAUGGAGACACAGCGCCUACGUGCAAGACCCCAAUGACAAGGAUGCUCCUCAGGGCCUCAAGCCCCCCUCUCCCGACUCUGACUCCUGCCCUUCGUCUCCAAAGCCCCCCGCCUCCCCAUCUGAAAAAUGUGGAGUUCUAAAUGUGACAAAGAUCACUGAACACGGCAAGAAAGUACGGAAGAACUGGACUUCUUCCUGGACCGUCCUCCAAGGUUCAUCGCUGCUGUUUGCUAAAGGACAAGGAGGCGGGACCAGCUGGUUUGGAGGCGGUCAGUCCAAACCAGAGUUCACUGUUGAUCUAAGAGGCGGCUCGGUCGAAUGGGCCUCUAAAGACAAGUCCAGCAAGAAGCAUGUUAUAGAGCUGAAGACUCGGCAGGGCACCGAGCUGCUGAUCCAGUCAGAAAACGACAGCCUCAUCAACGACUGGUUCAGAGCGCUGCAGGACACCAUCAGUACCCACGCUUGGGAGUCUGACGAAGCGAUUGAAGAGGACAUGCCUGAGUCGCCUGGUCCAGAGAAACACGACAAGGAGAAAGAACACAGAAACUCCAAGAAAGCCAUGAAGCCCUCCACCAGCAUGGACGCCUCGGACAACAAGAAGACCAGACACAAGCUCAAAAAGUUCCUGACCCGCCGUCCGACCCUGCAAGCCGUCAGAGACAAGGGAUACAUCAAAGAUCAGGUGUUUGGCUGCAGUCUGUCCAGUUUGUGUCACCGGGAGGGCAGCACGGUGCCCGUCUUUGUCAAAAUGUGCAUCGACCACGUGGAGAACAACGGUCUGUGUGUAGACGGGCUGUACAGAGUGAGCGGAAACCUGGCUGUCAUACAAAAACUACGCUUUGCCAUCAAUCACGAUGAGAAGGUGAACUUGGCAGACGCAAAGUGGGAGGACAUCCAUGUGACCACCGGAGCUUUGAAGAUGUACUUCAGAGAGCUGCCCGAGCCGCUCUUCACCUACCCUCUCUUCCACGACUUUGUCAGCGCCAUCAAGCUAUUCGACCACAAGCAGCGAGUUCAGUCGAUCAAAGAUCUGGUCAGACAGCUGCCCAAACCCAACCACGACACCAUGCAGGCUCUCUUCAAACACCUCAGGAAAGUGAUCGACUACGGCGAGGAGAACCGUAUGACCACCCAGAGCGUCGCCAUCGUGUUCGGCCCAACGCUGCUGCGACCCGAAACGGAGACCUGGAACAUGGCGGUCCACAUGGUCUAUCAGAACCAGAUCGUGGAGCUUAUACUGCUGGAGUAUGAGAACAUCUUUGGCAGGUAGACGCCAGAGGACGAGCCUUUUUUUUUUUUCUUUUUUUGUUUUCCACUUCCAGUGCAGAGCUCUUCCUAACCCAAGCAUGGCCCUGCCAAAAAACAUCCCGGCCCAGCUCGGCUCGGUCCAGUCCGGCUUCUCUUCAUCUCUAAACAACCUGGCUUUACUGCUAAUAACCGGCUUCUCCAACCUCCCGGACCAGCAAACAUAAACCAAAAUGUAGAACUAGCAGCCAAAAGUUUUAGACUCUUUGCACUUCUCAGCGUCUCAUUUUCCUCCUGCAGCUGCAUUUGUGCCACUUUACUGCAAAGUCCUUCUGUCCCGACACUGGAUUAAUAAAACUGGUAAAACGUGGGCCGAUCGAGCUUCGGCAACUGCACAGACUGAGAUCACAGGAGCAGCAGAAGAAAAGCCUCAGCCGGCUGAACCACAGACGAGGCGUCAGUAUUGGAGCUUUGAGAUGCGACCUGUCUGGACCGGACUGUAAAUGUCUCUGCUUAUAGUCACUCCUGUAUGAACCACACUGGGGAAGCAACAGAAGAAACCAAACUGCUGAACUCUCACCGCCCUCAGCUUGGCUUUAGGCGUUUAUACACUAAGAGGUGAAGCCAGAACAAGGGGAAGAACAUGUCCGCUUUCUUUUUAUUUUAUCGAAUCUCCAUUUUCUACCAUUUUCUUCCUGACUAACAGGACCGAGGUCCUCUGAACACAUAAGAGGUUGUUGCCACUCUGUAUUAUAUCUGCACGCCACCUUCUCAGUUUUAGAACAAAUCAUCUCACAGCAGUCAACUUGAAAAAACAAACAAACCGACGGUACUGAGCUGUGUCUUUCCAUGGUGUAAAAUGUUGGGGCGAGCAGCCUUUCGAACGUCUCCACUGAUGAAUCUGUACAGUGUUUAUGUGUGCAUGUGAAUGGGGGGUGGAUGAAUUCAUGGAUGAAUGAAUUUAAAGACAAUAUAUUGUACAAAUAGUAAAUGUAAGUAUGUGUGGAGCGACACAGAUGUGAUAUGAGGGAGAAAUCACUAUUUUGUGAUCGCUGUAAAGUGGGGUGUGGAGGUUUACCUGUUGGCUUUAUCGAACUGGAAUAAAAACCUCUAAUAAGAAA